AUGUCGACCUCCCUACAGCUUUCAAAUUCUGAUAAUUUUGGAGUCGACGAAUCGAAGGUUAUAUCCACAGAUGUAGACGGUGUAGGAUUUAAAGUCGACUUACUGGCUGGUCGCUCAUCUGAGAAAGAAAUGAAUUGUGGAAGUGAUUCGGAGUCUUCGUCAGAAGAAGAUGAAGAAGAGGAAGAGGAAGAUACGAGCGAAGAUGAGCGCGAGAUAGCAAAUAAUCCUGUUCUGAAAGAAAGACUUCGCCAUCUGGAUAAAUACGCAUCUUCCUUUAGAUAUAAUGCCGGUCUCUCGUGUACAGAACCAGCCACGGCUGUCACUGCAACUGAAAAUUUAGUCACUGACUGUAUAUCAACUCCCAUGUCUGAAAACUGUCUGCCCAUUUCAAGGCAAGGUGAUGCAAAUACAAUGCACUCGCCGUCCGCACCAUCAGUUUCGUGCAAUGGACCCUCCAUUAAGGUUCCAUCUUCACCAGCAAAGAAUCCCGCCUUUUCAUCUUCCUACAGCAUUCUUUCUAUCGGUGGAUCUAUAGAUUCAGCCUACAAUGGAAAAUCGAAGUCCCAUUUGUUCAAUGCUCCACCUCCUUUUGCGGAAUCAGAAUUCGAGAACCCCUCGCUAAAUUCAAAUUGCGAGAAUUCGGCUGCGGGUGACGCCGAUGAUUACGACACCUUACUCAGUGGUACUGGACUCAUUAAUGCAUUUGGAGAAAAGCUCUUCAUUUUUUUAUUCUUCACCAUUUGUUUCUACUCUGAAAUUAUCGGACGUGAAUUCUGUGACUCUGAAAAGAAAUAUCACUGCCACUGGCCUGAUUGUCAACGCCGAUUCCGCAACAAGGACACCCUCACACUGCACUAUCAUAAACACACCGGCGAGAAUCCCUUUCGUUGUGAUCUCUGUUCCUUCACUUGCCACGAGAAGACGUUCCUCGUGGAGCACUACCACCAACAGCACUCCAAAGAUGCUCGGGGUGGCGGUCAGAGUAGAAGCGGUUCAGUCCUUUCGCCCGGUUCCAGUCCCUACGAUCCGGCCCAUCGACCUCUUCCCCUGCCACCGAUCCUC